AAACAUAACAUACAGCCAGUGUGGUUAAGUUGGUAGUACUGUCAAUUGCGCUAUACAUCGUGUUUUAUUCCAUCGUAAUUCAAUUAAUAUCUUCCAUCGUCAGACAAUGCCGAAGGUGACAGUGACGUAUUUCAACGUGAAAGGUCUGGGCGAGGGUAUACGUAUGUUGCUGGCUUACGGCGGUCAGGAGUUCGAAGACAUUCGCGUAGACAAAGAACAAUGGGCGGAGUUGAAACCUAAGACGCCAUUUGGGCAGAUGCCGUUGCUCGAGAUAGAUGGCAAGCAGUACGCUCAGUCCAUUGCCAUUUGUCGCUACCUCGGCCGCAAAUACGGUCUGGCCGGUACCACACUAGAGGAGGAUCUGCUCAUCGACCAGAACAUGGACUUCUUAAAUGACAUCCGGAUGAAGGCUGCGGCAGCGAAUUAUGAGUCUGAUGAGAAAGUCAAAAAAGCUAAGCUGGAGGACCUCAAGAAGAACCAUUUCCCCUUUCUGUUUAGCAAAUUGGAUGAAAUAAUAAAAGAGAACAACGGAUUUUUAGCUGCCGGGAGGCUGACGUGGGCAGACUUUAUGUUCGCCGGUGUGUACGACGCCCUGAAAAUGUUUACACAUAUACCAGACCUGGAUGAAAAGUAUCCAAGUUUCUCCAAGUUGAGAGACACCGUGCGCUCGCUGCCCAAAGUUAAAGAGUUCUGUGAAUCUGCGCCCAAGACAGAUUUUUAGUUUUUAUAAAAGUUUAUUCCGAUGU